GCGGAAACCGAAACUAAACACAUAUUAGACAAACCAAAAUGGGAGCGUCGUUGGACACCCCAGCGAAGUGUCCCUUGUGCAACGAGCUGACCCGGGACCCCGUUACCCUCAAGUGCAAUCACCGCUUCUGCCAGAAGUGCAUCGGGGACUUGUGGAGCAUUUGUCCGAACGGCCCGUACCACUGUCCCGAGUGGAGGUGUAAAACAGUCUACCAUACGCUCCCGUUUGAUCACAACUUGAUACGACGCAAGCAGCCCAGCCAAAGUCCACGGCCUUCCCCGCGCAGCAAUGCAGACACCUCCAAAAAUAAUGAACAAACCACCACAACCAGCACCCCCCUGGGUCGGCCCUCCCUCUCCAGUCGCCUGCUCGGUAAAAGAAAGGCCAGUGGUCCAGUUGUAGAUGCACCAGAGACGAAAAAAUCAAAUGUGUCACAGAAAGAGAAGUCCUGUGACACUCCAAGCAUUUCCUUGUCUGAUGAACCUGGUGUGGAGACCAUCGAAGAAGCACCUGGCCAAAACCCCGUCCCAUCCACAUCAACCGCACAGUCCAGUGACACCUCUGAAAGUAAAAACAAACCUGCAAAAAUUACCCAAGAAGAACCCUCUGUCAUUGUUGUUGAGCAUAAACCAGAGGUUAUCACUUUGGAUCAGUCUGACAGUGAAGUAGAUAUAUGUGAUUCACCUUUGCCCAAAACAGUCCCCCAAAAUCAUCCAUCACCAAGGAAAGCUACUCCCACCUCCACCCCAUCCCGCACAACUGCCACUCCAAAACAAAACGAUUCAAGUCACGCUAGCCCACGUCCAACACUGUUCAGCGCACACCGGGUUGGUCCUUCAGACUCCACUAAUUACACAAACGUCUCACCUCGUUCUGAAAGCAACAAAAACAAGCAAAUACCAUGCAAUUACUGUCCAAAAUUAGCAUAUCAAUUUGCGGUGAAGACAUGCUUGGUGUGCGGGGCAUCCAUGUGUACAGAGCACCUGCAGCCUCACUUGGACCAGGCCGUGUUUCAGAAUCAUACACUGGUUCCCCCCAUUGAAGAUACAUCACUAUGGAGAUGUCAGGAGCACCAGGAGAUGAACCGCAUCUACUGUCGCCAGUGUGGGCUGUGUGUGUGCACCGUCUGUACCGUCAUAGGAUCUCACCGUGACCAUGUCUGCAUCAGCAUCAGGGAGGCAGAAAGGGAGCUGAGGGGAAAUCUUAAAGAGGAGAUCAGGCAACUGCAGGAGGCCGAGCAAAAUGUCAAGCACUCAGUCUCUGAGCUGACACAAAAGAAGGAGGAAUUUGAAAUGAUUUUUGCAGAGGCGCACUCAGGAGUGAAGCAGCAGUAUGGAACGAUCAGAGAGGCUUUGGAGCAGGAGGAGCAGAUGGCCCUGCAGUGUGUGGCCCAGGAGGAGAAGAAAGUCCUGGGGGGAUUAGAAACCAAACUUGGGCACCUUCGGAGCUCUCUUCAGUCCAUCCAGAAAGGCCUGCACUCCCUGGAGGGACUGGCUGAUGCGAAAGGGGAAAAACGCAUACAGGACCAGGCUUUCAUAAUGGAAUAUGGAAAAGUAGCACAAAUGGCUAGUGCAAUGGGCAGCUGUGUGGAGCAGUUUGAAGCUCCUGAGGAAAUAAACCAGGCUAGGCUUCAGUGUUUGCAGAAAUGGACAGAGAAACGCUUGGAUAAUGUGGUCAUCACAAUGCCAGGCAAAGAUCGAGAUCUGUACAGCCUGCUCUAUGGCACCAUUCCAGUCCUGGAUGAAGAUUCAGCACAUCCCAAGUUGCAUUUAUCCGAAGACAGACAUACCGUGACCUACAGCGAAUCGCAGCAGCCCUAUACAGACCACGAGUCGCGCUUUUCAUCCUUUCCUCAGGUUUUAGCUCUUACCAGCCUGGACAGUGGCCGCUGGUAUUGGGAAGUCAAGGUAUCUGUGGAUGAUGGUCGUUGGAAAGUAGGAGUAAGCGAGGGGCGAAUUGAAAGAAAAGGCCAGAAAGACAGCUCACGUUUGGGCUUUAACUCCUACUCCUGGUGCCUGGGUUGUGAUAGGAAAAAGGUGGAGGCUAUACAUAACAAAGUGGCUACUCCCAUCAAUGCUGAGAAGCUUGAGAGAGUGGGUAUCUUUCUUGAUUUUGGAGAGGGUGUGUUGUCAUUCUUUAACGUGACACCAGGGGGCAGUCUUGUAUUGAUGCAUUCUUACACGCACCAGUUCAGCGACCCAGUUUAUCCUGCAUUCUCUGUGUCUAAAACAAAUAUCACUAUCGCAGAUUUGUUCAGAUCAUAAUUCACUUAAAAAUAGGACAAGGAAAUUGUAGUUGACAUGUUGAGAAUGCAUCAAAGCACUGUGCCUUUUAUCUCAUCUCAUAUUUUAUAGUCUGCACUGUAAUCAUGACAUUCCUGACUCACUGGGACCAUUAUACUCUUCACAUGGCAUCUCUAAUCGUACUUUAAUGUUUUUUAUGUCUCUAUAAUGCAUUCAGGCAAUAUUUUAAAGAUUCACAGUUAAGUUGACAUUUAUUCUUACCCUAGUUAGAUUGUCAUUGAACUCUACUCUACUCAUCACUGCAUUUUUAAGAUAAUAUACAUAGUUGCAAAUAUAUUAAAGAGAGACAUUAUUUUCAUUGAACAUCCACACAAAGAGAUCCCUGUUCAAUGUGCAUAUGCGAUAGCAACCACAUAUUGUUUAUCACAGCUGAGAUGUAUAAUUGUUGUAUUUUUCCCACUUUUUCGCUUGGCUUGGCUGCUUCAGUUUUGAUCCUGUUCCAAUUCCAGCCAUUCAUACCACUGGGUUUUGUUUUAGAUGGUGCGUUGCUUAGCUAGUUUAGGGUAUGAAUAUAUUUGACUUUAAAAUUAUAUAUUUUUGUACCAAUAAACCUAUAGAUUUUAAUCAGUGUUAAUCUUGUUCAAAUAUAAAUUAUGUUGUCAUUCCUUUUUUUUUAAUUUAUUUUUUUAAUCAACUCUUGUUUUUAAUCUGAGCCCAUAUGCAAGUGUAUUUUUCAAGCAACAAAAGUGACAUGAAAUGAAAAUAAAUCUUACAUAUCAAUCCA